GAGCCUGAGAACCGGCAGCGGCUGUGGGGCUGAUGGAAGUGGAGAGGGGGCUUGAGAGGGCACCGAACUGUAUCCAGCAUGCUCCACGGCCACAGCCCGGUGUCCCAGGCCCUGCUGGGGACCUUCUUCACCUCGGGGUUGACGGCGGCCGGGGCGGCCCUCGUGUUCGUCUUCUCUAGCGGACAGAGGCGGAUCUUAGAUGGAAGCCUUGGCUUUGCUGCAGGGGUCAUGCUGGCGGCUUCCUACUGGUCCCUCCUGGCCCCAGCGGUGGAGAUGGCCACGGCCUCCGGCGGCUUUGGUUCCUUGGCCUUUCUCCCCAUGGCUGUCGGCUUCGCCCUCGGAGCGGCGUUCGUCUACCUGGCCGACCUCCUGAUGCCUCACUGGGGUGCAGCGGAAGACCCGCAGACGGCCCUGGCACUGAACUUGAACCCUGCGCUGAUGAAGUCCGACACGGAGGGUGCCAGGAUGCUCUUCCCCGAGAGCGAACUUUCCAUUGGGAUAGGUAGAGCUGGGCUUCUUUCAGACAAGAGUGAGCACGGAGAGGCGUAUCAGAGGAAGAGGGCGGUGGCCGCCGACGUCGCGGAGGGCCCGGCAGCCCCCGGGCCGCCAGGGGGCAGCGCGGCGCAGCCCGGAGCCUCUUUUCUUCAUAUCCAAACGUUUUCCUUCUUCUCCUUUUUCAUCUCAUUACCUUGA